UUUACCGUUGCAAGGCGCGUUGUGCGGCCGACGCUCGACCGUCAACGUGCGCCGCCGGCACCCUGUAGCCCGGCCUCCGCUACUGCCACAUUACCAUCCUCGCCUUCCUGGACUUCCUCCGGGACUCUAUUGAGCUCUGUGUACUCCGAGGGGUGUUUAUGGACUAAUCUCUACAUAUCUUGUUCUCUAACUCAGAGACGAAGUGCUACGACUCGUGCUUAUUUCACUGAAGUGCUAAUCCCAAUUCUGGUUCUUUAUUGGAUCGCCUUUGUAUCUACGAAGAUCUGAAAGAAGACCAUCAUCGUUGGGCGUUGCCGUCGUUUAUACACCUGUAUAAUGGAAUAUAAGAAUUUUAGUCACCGUGUCGUUAAAGUGAAGAACUAAACUCCUUCGUUAGCAACGUACGGGAUUGGGGUGAAUAAUGGGAAAAAGAAACGUUCGGAUCAAGUUUGCACAUUCGAUUGGUCCGCCCAUUAGUUUGAGUGCACUAGGCAUUUCCGAUUAGCACCCCAAUCUACGCCUUCUCCCACUAUCAGUUACCGACGCUCUAGCGACUGCCAAUAAAAGUACAAGUCAUACCGGGUUAUAAGAGUAACUCAUUUUAACUUAGAUAUACUUACUGUAGUACAAAAAAUAACUGACCACGGCACAAGAUUGCUUAAUGUAACUAAAUCGGAUCGGAAACUAAGCCCGUGCCGAGUCGUCGUCCUCGGUUAAAAUAUAUAAACGGUAGUCAUGACGACCACUGCACCAGAAUUGUCAAAGUCGGAUUUUUUUGAAUUCGUGACCUCAAAUGAAGUAACCGAUGCUCAGUAUAAACAGCAAAUGCGAUCUGUUAACGUGUUUAUGGAAUCGCCUGACUCGAGAUCGAACCCUCUGUUGUCGGAAGAACCUAAGGAACAGAACAAUAAUAGUCUAAUAAGUGUAACUGGGGUUCAGUCCUCCACUACAAACAGCAUGACUGUCGCCACAACCUCCAAUCCGCUACAAAGUUUUGACUCCAUAUGGAAUGUCGACCGAGAUAGAGAUCGGAUUGAGACGUCAAUGUUAGAAGAUCUUAACAAAUAUUACUGGAGCCAAGAGAAUGAAAUGACCACACAUUCAUGUACUGACACUACUAUUUCGAAUAAAUUGAUAAGUAAUAAUACAGACGGGCAAAUAUAUACACUGACAGUUCUUAAUCAAGAUAUUAAUGAAACGAAUACAAAUCGCUAUUGGGUUAAAGAAGAAGAUGUUUCUAUGUCCAGUCCUACGGAUAUGGAACAAAAUCCAUCAUUAGAUCUUGAAACUAUAUUAAAUAUGAACGGUUUUCCUAACGACUUCAGCCAAGACUCACUUAAUACGUUACCUAAAGUAGAAAGUUUUAGUUAUGAAGAUGGAGAUUCACAAAAUACGAGCACAGAACUCAGUACAAGCAGCUUAGUUAAAAUAGAACCUUUCACCUAUGAUGAAAAUGAAUAUCAUAGCAAUGAUAAAAAAGACGAAUCUACGCAUAGCCCAAUCAUCGUAACACCUACCAUGUUAGAAGUCGAAUAUAAUAAUAAUAAUAAUGACUGGAAAUUAACUGAUCAAAAUACAGAGUCAAAUGAAUCAUUACUGCGGAGUGCCUUACAAGGAAAAGCCUUUGUUAGAUAUAGUACACUACUGAAAAAUGCUGUAGAGAAAAUUGAUGCUGAAACUGAAUUAAAAAGAGUCAUUAUAAACAAUAAUAACAAAGCCGAUGUACCAUCAAUGUAUCAAGACACGAAAGAUACAGAAAAUGAAUUAUUAAUGGCAAUAGGACCACCAAACGGCAAUGUUAAUAUAUCUAUACUAUUAGAAGAACCUACCGCCACUGUGAUCACAAAUGGUGAAAAUCCAACAUCAACACAAAGUGUGGAUGAUAUUAUAUUAUCACAGCUCGAUUCCACCUACCCUGACGAUUACGAAAAAUUAAAACGGAUAGCAACAGAGUUAGGUGAAUCAGUUCAACCUUUCUGUACUGUGGAGCCGAUCGAUCCCACUCGCAGUAUAUAUAAUAUUCACCACGUCAACGGUGAGUUAGUUACUAUGAUUCCUGCCGGUGAAGUUCAGCUGCCACAGCACCUUCAAAUAGUAACUGCUUCGCCAACUGUGACAAGUACGAAAGUUGGCAAAAAACAUAGAAGACCACCUAGUAAAACUUUGCCCCCGACAAGUCAAACACAAUCAGGGACAGCAGUUCAGGCGGCUACAUCUACAUCGAACGGUGUUAGGAAGGAGAGAUCUUUGCAUUAUUGUUCUAUCUGCUCAAAGGGUUUUAAGGAUAAGUACUCGGUGAACGUGCACGUCAGGACGCAUACAGGAGAGAAGCCCUUCACGUGUUCCCUGUGCGGGAAGAGCUUUAGGCAGAAGGCGCAUCUCGCGAAGCAUUAUCAGACUCACAUAGCACAAAAGACAGCAGCUGCUAACGGCGCCUCUAAGCCCACCAAACAGAGGUAACCGCUCUUACCGAAUUUCCUGUUCGUAUUGAUAGUCAAUUAUUGAACUGAAUUACUGAGAGCGAAUGUAUUUUUAAGCUUAUACAUAAAGGCUGAAAUAUCACAGAAGAAUUUGGUAAGGUGCUAAAUAAAUUAAUAAUUUAGACAGUUAAGGAAAGUGUAAAGGAGAAUGUGUCAGAAAUUCUCAUACUUGUUAAUUUGUAUGUAACUCCGCCCGUUACCGAUUACUUUUAGCUUUAGCUAGUUUUAGCUAUAAACAGGUACAAUUAAGUGUUUUAAUUACGAGAUUAUUCAAACUAUUCCAUUCUU